AUGUCAUUCGCUGUCGAAGUCGAGAAGCUAACGUAUGAGUUUUCCAACGGUUCCAAACCAUCGCUGGUGGACAUUGAUCUGCAGAUUCCAUGGAACACGAGAACCCUAAUCGUGGGAGCCAACGGCGCAGGCAAAUCGACCUUGCUGAAGGUCCUGAGCGGGAAGCACCUUUGCCGAGACGGGAAGAUCCUCGUGAAUGGACUGAACCCGUUCAGCCCCGCGGCCACAGUGAGUCCUGAGGACGGAUGCCUGGUGACAACCUACUUGGGGACUGAGUGGUGCCAUAUGAGCGUCAUCAAUCGCGACAUAGGUGUGUCCGAGCUAUUGGAAAGCAUUGGGUUAGCCCACUUCCAGGAGCGGGGCGAUCUACUGUGCAAGAUGUUGGACGUCGAUCUCAAGUGGAGAAUGUUCAGGCUCAGCGACGGGCAGAAGAGACGAGUUCAGCUGGUCAUGGGGCUGCUGAAGCCCUGGAAAGUACUGCUGCUCGAUGAAGUGACUGUUGAUCUCGACGUGAUCGCCAGAUCCAGGCUUCUCCAGUUUCUCAAGUGGGAGACACAGACCAGAGAGUGCUCCGUGAUGUAUGCGACGCAUAUUUUCGACGGGCUGGCAGAGUGGCCCGACCAGUUGCUCCAUCUGAAGGACGGGCGCAUCGUCGACCGCUUAGAUCUACGCAAGAACGUGCAAUUCACCGACAGCGCCAACGGUGACGGUGCGGGAAAUGGCACCGUCACUUUCACACCGCCCGCUGGCGAUCACGAUCGCCCUCUCGUUUCCAUAACAAAAGUGGAAAGCUUGCAUCCACUAGCGGUCGCUUGGCUGUCCCAGGAUCCAAACGAGUUGAAACAGAUGUCUCCAACUCCUCAACCCACUCUCCGCUAA